UGGAUUUCGCUCAGUCGACAUGCGGCAAAUCGGCGAUCGGUUGUUGGUUUCAUGGCGUUGACACGCGGUCUUGCUUCUUUUGCCGCGUUCUUCCUUCGUUGUUUCGACUUCACCGCUACGAGAGCCGAAGUUUUGUUUAUCCUACUUGUCGGCGUUUUGUUUGUUUCUAACGCUGUUCAGGCAGGUCCCGAGAAACCAAACUUUCUGAAGCCGAUCUCCAAUAUAACUGUAGCAGUAGGCAGGGAAGCUAUCUUGGAAUGUUCAGUGCAAAAUUUAAAUUCUUAUAAAGUCGCCUGGCUACGAGUGGAUACUCAAACGAUUCUCACUAUAGAUACUUUUGUCAUCACAAAGAAUCAUCGUAUAGGAGUCACCAAAGUAGAACAAACCACUUGGUAUUUGCAUAUAAAAGACGUACAAGAAUCAGAUAAGGGAUGGUACAUGUGUCAGAUCAAUACAGAUCCAAUGGAAAGUCAGCUGGGAUAUUUAGAUGUUGUGGCCGUUCCUAUUACAGUUCCUCCAGAUAUCCUGGACUAUCCAACUAGUGCAGAUAUGAUCGUUGAUGAAAAUGCAGAUGUAUUCCUACGUUGUGCCGCAACGGGUUCUCCGUUGCCUACUAUAACCUGGAGAAGAGAAGAUAGUCAGCCCAUUAAGCUAAUUAAUGGCUCGGAAGUUUUAGAGAUAACAGGAGAAUUCUUAAACAUGACGAAAGUAAAUAGAGAUCAAAUGGGAACCUACAUGUGCAUAGCAUCCAAUCGGGUACCACCAUCUGUCAGCAAGAGGAUAUCUCUAUUAGUACAAUUUCCUCCAUCUGUCUGGAUUCAGUAUCAAUUAAUCGGAGCGUAUCAGGGACAGCGAGUUACACUCGAAUGUCAUUCUCAGGCUUUUCCUAAAUCGAUUAAUUAUUGGGCUAAGAAUAGUGGAGAAAUCAUUCCGCACAGCACGAAAUUUGUACCGGAGAUCAUCGGAGAAAACUACAAAGUGCACAUGAAGUUGACCAUUAACUAUUUGGGUGAGCAAGAUUUUGGUAUAUAUAAGUGUAUUGCGAAAAAUCCGUUAGGAGAAAUGGAGGGAUCCGUAAAUGUCUAUAAAAUUCCACAUCCAAAUUUGGCAGCACCUUCAAAGGAUAAAAGUGGGCUUCAUGACAAGUUGGAUCAAGGAAAUCAGCAAUGGCCCGAUACCUCCCAAAAAGUGACAAUGAAGAUUCCUCUACAAGAAGACAUGAACACAAGUCAGGCCAGCAAAUCAAGACCAACUGAUUGUAUAACUUUUUAUAAUAUUAUUUCACUUUUUAUUUUAUAUCGUUUAUUUUUUUGUAGUUUUACAUAAGUAUUAAUCUAUAGUUCUAGUAUUUUAUUAACUUGAAUAUUUUUUAAAAAUAUUAGAUUACCUGGUUUGAAUCUGGUGGUGACUUUUUGUUUUUAUGGCGAAGAAAUUAAAUAUGGCUGAGUAAACACAUCAAAAGAGCUCCUUUCUGAACCUCUAUAUAUACAUAUAGUAUAAAUACUAUUUAUAUGCUUAUAACUUUUUUAUAUACAUACGUAAAUGUGUUUUUAAAUUAAGUUUUAUAUGAUAUAUUAAUUCAAUAGUUUAUCCUAAUUUUUAUUUAAUUAUAUAAUAAAAUUACAGUAAACAAGUCUACGAGCAUAUUAAAUAAAAAAUAUCAAAUUUU